CUCUCAAUUUUUAAAUUCUGCAUUUCCUUCAUUCCUUUUCUGGUCACAAUUUUCAAUCCCUUCUUCCUCCCGUAUAUAUAUACCCAUAAAUUAUUCUGCUGUUUGUACGGCAGAAGAGAAGAAGAAGGGAUGGAGCAGCAGCAAAGGAUGAAGCAGCAACAGCAGCAGCUAGCGCUGAUGCAGCACUCCCUUUACCAUCCCGCUCUUCUCGCUCCUCCUCCUCCUCAGAUAGAACCAAUCUUGAGUGGGAAUUUGCCUCCUGGAUUCGACUCAACUACAUGCCGCAGUGUGUAUGUUGGAAAUAUCCACCCUCAAGUUACCGAACCUCUUCUUCAAGAAGUUUUCUCAGGUACAGGUCCUCUUGAAGGUUGCAAGCUCAUUCGGAAAGAAAAGUCAUCCUAUGGUUUUGUGGAUUACUUUGAUCGUCGAUCAGCUGCACUCGCCAUCGUGACUCUUAAUGGCAGGCAUUUGUUUGGACAGCCGAUAAAAGUCAAUUGGGCGUAUGCUACUGCUCAGCGAGAGGACACAUCAAAUCACUUCAACAUUUUUGUUGGCGAUCUUAGCCCGGAGGUUACUGAUGCUACCUUAUUUGCAUGUUUCUCUGCAUAUCCUACUUGCUCAGACGCAAGGGUGAUGUGGGACCAAAAAACCGGCCGAUCGAGGGGUUUUGGUUUUGUUUCUUUUCGCAGUCAGCAGGAUGCUCAAAGCUCAAUAAAUGACUUGAAUGGGAAGUGGCUUGGAAGCAGACAAAUUCGCUGCAAUUGGGCGGCAAAGGGUGCCGGCCUAGGCGAUGAGCAGCAGAAUCCCGAGUCCAAAAAUGUUGUGGAACUAACAAAUGGAACGUCUGAUGAUGGCCAAGAAAAACGGAACGAAGAUGCUCCAGAGAAUAAUCCACAGUAUACAACUGUUUAUGUGGGAAACCUUUCUCCUGAAGUCACAUCGGUUGAUCUCCAUCGCCAUUUUCACGCAAUGGGAGCCGGAGUGAUUGAAGAUGUCCGCAUUCAGAGAGACAAAGGUUUUGGGUUCAUAAGGUACAGCAGCCACGCUGAAGCUUCCCGUGCUAUCCAGAUGGGAAAUGCUCGCAUUCUUUUCGGCAAACCACUUAAGUGCUCGUGGGGCAGCAAGCCAACCCCUCCCGGAACAAGCUCAACCCCACUUCCUCCACCAGCCGCGGCAGCACACAUGCCCGGCUUCGCAGCUGCUGACCUGGAGGCCUACGAACAACAGCUUGCUAUGAGUAAGCUAGGCGCUGCUAUGAAUCCCCAGGCCCACCGUCUCGCUGCUGCUACCCAACAGAUGUACGAUGGCGGGUACAUGAACAUGGCUCCGGCCCAGCAACCCCUCUACUACCAGCGUUAACGCAGCAAGGCACGGGUUCAAGUCUCUAUCUUUUUUAUAAACAUGAAUGCAAGGUAGAUUGUAUGUUAGAUUUCGGAUUAGGAAAUCAUAAUUUUGAACCAUUGAUGGUUUUUGUCAUCUGCUAUUUCCGGUGGGAUAGAUUCAUAAAAACUCUGUUUCUAACUUAAACAGAGAUUCUUGGCAAAAUAUUUUUCCCUA